AUGGGACAUCGAAGCGCGCAUGGUGAUCGUCAUAAACCGCCACUCCUCAAGAAACUCCGAUGUCACAAGGAGUUAAUGAUUUCACAAGAAAGUGUGAACGGUUCAAAGGUGGUACGUGAUGUGGAAUGUAAUGCGGAACGUGACGGACGUAACUUUGGUUUCGAGAAUAGCUUUGAUUUAAAUUAA